GAGAGAAAAGAGUCAAUAGUGAUGAAUUGUUGGUUAUGGCGACAAGUAGUUCGGACGGUUCUUGCACAGCACCAGCUGAUUUUCAAUUAUCCGCAGAUCUCGAAGACGUGUCCAAUCGUUUAAGUAUUAAUUUCUUAAAGUGUCCUGUGUGCCAUAAUAACAGAAGAGUUUUCUACUGCAAACAGUGCGUUCAGAAUGGAAAUUUCGUGCAUUCAACGUCUGUUUACUCUGAACGAUUUGCGGACAAACAAUUACGGUUGUUACGGCUGAAGGCAGCAAGGACCCAACUGGAGGACAAUUGGGCGAAGGUAUUCGAGAAACACAGGCAGAAGGAUAAAUUGAUAUGUGAUAUUAAUAUGUGCAAGGAGAGAGUUAAACUGGUGCACACUUUAGUCAAUGAAACGAAGCAAAGUUUAUUUAGAGGCCACCAACGACUGAAUAUUCUGAAGGACGCAAAUUUGCAAUUGGUCCUUCGUCUCCCCCGGCAUGAAGAGAGGGUAGAAAAACUUCAGAAAUACGUAAAUGGCCUGAAGAUGAAACAGGAGAAGCAGAAGGAGGCGGUUGACAGGAAGAGACAGCAGUUGAAGAAGGUCAUAAGGACCGCAGCAAAGCAGCUGAUUCAAUACAUAUUCCCUUUGAGUAAAGUUGAAGUUAAUCGAAGUUUAUGUAGCAGUGAAGAAGAAGGCCGAAACACCGAUGUUGUCACAUGUGCAUUGGCAGACGCCUCAGGAACUUCAUACGUGCGAGGGCGAUGGAUCAAUGAUUCUGAAAAUAGUUUAGAAGCUCAGCAUCGAAUUGUAGCUCCAACUUUACCAGGAUCUGGUGAUUACAGUGCAUAUUCAAUUUGGGUGAUUUACUUGUUUACAGUUACUGCCAAUAAAGACGGAGUUCCAGGGUCUAAUAAGGAAAAUUUUAUGCACAAUCCAGCAUAUAAUAUGAGCGCUGCAUUAACAUACGCCGCACAACUUGUUAAUGUCUUGGCGUAUUACGUUAAUGUCAGAUUGCCCUACAAAUUAUCUUAUGGAGAAUUCUGUGGCAAUGAAAUGUCAAGCCAGAAAUUCGCGCGGAAGGUCGCCCGUCUCAACAGCAAUGUUCUUCACCUGUGUUUCACCCAGAAUACAGACAUCAAUGUCAUACACCCAAUGCACACACUCCAAAAUCUAAUGCACCUACUCAACACAGAGAUAAGUGAUCUCGGUCGAGUGGGUCCUAUGGAGGCAGAUUCGACGAUUGCUGACCAGCUCCACAAUCAAUUAACGUCUGACCUUGAGAAGAGUGACGACUCGGCGUCGGAUGAAGAGGAGGACGCAUUCAAUUGGGAGUGGGAAGCUGUUCCAAAUGUGGCCUGUCCCGAGAUGACAGUGCCAAUACCUGGCGCAACACUCACUCAGCAGUCCUCGAGUAUCCAGGUAAACCAGAGCGUCGCCGGAGGUCUCGUUACAAGUGCUGCUGCCAGCAUUGCCUCCAUUUGGCGCGGUUGGACGACUAAUAAAUAAUUAAUUAAUUAAUAUUUUAAUGGACAUCAUACGUAGAAGUUCAUUCAAGUGACUGAAAGAAUGAGAAUAAGAGUGAUGAAUUAAAUUGAAUUAUUUUUUUUUUCUCAACGACGAAAUAAACGAGUUUACUUUAAAUUGGCA